ACAGCCUUCAUCAGUUAAGUACGACAGCUCAACUCGGUCCGUUCUGUGAGCGCUUAAGAAGGUGUUCUAAAAAUACAAUAAUAUAUACCAGCUCUAUAUUGGUGUGGUUUCAUCCCGCGGCGUGCAGUGAUAAUAUAUAAUAUACACACCGACCACCUAGUCGUUUUUUUAUCCAGUGCCAAACAUCAUGUCGAGUUUAUCCAAGACUUCCAAGUCUUACGUUUACCGGUCGUCCGGAGGAGGCGGAAACGCCGACAUAAACAUUGACUACAGCCACGACCUGAGCGCUUUGUCGCGGCUCGAAGAUAAGAUCAGACUUCUCCAAGAAGAUUUAGAAUCAGAACGCGAACUCCGACAACGCAUCGAAAGAGAAAAAUCCGAUCUCAGUGUGCAAUUAAUAUCGCUGUCCGAACGUUUGGAAGAAGCCGAGGGUGGAGCCGAAAGCCAAUUUGAAAUCAACAAAAAACGCGAUACCGAGCUGACUAAACUGCGCAGAUUAUUGGAAGAUGUCAACAUCGAAUCCGAAGAAACAGCGCAUCUGUUGCGCAAGAAACACCAAGAAGUCGUCGCCGAUUUCCAAGAGCAACUCGAUCAAUUGGCCAAGUCGAAAGCCAGAGUGGAAAAAGAAAAGGGCAAAUUCCAACAAGAAGUAUACGAGCUGUUAUCCCAGAUCGAAAACGCCAACAAGGAAAAAUUAACCUCGGUCAAAACAAUCGAAAGACUCGAGAUCACCAUUCACGAGCUUCACAUUCGCAUUGAAGAAAUCACAAGAACCAUCACUGACAUUACAUCCAUCAAAACCCGUCUGUCCUCGGAAAACAUUGAGUUGAUCAAAGAAGUGCAAGAUUUAAAAGUGUCCAUUGAAAACACUACUUAUCUGAAAUCGCAAAUCGCCGGCCAACUGGAAGACGCUCGCAGGAGACUGGAAGACGACGAAAGAAGGCGUUCACUUUUGGAAGCUAACUUACACUCUGUGGAAGUUGAAUUGGAAUCCGUACGCGUUCAACUGGAAGAAGAAUCUGAAGCCCGUUUGGAUCUCGAGAGACAAUUGAUCAAGGCCAAUGGCGAUGCUCAAGCGUGGAAAUCCAAGUACGACGCCGAAUCAGCUGCCAGGGCUGAAGAAGUCGAAGAACUUAGACGCAAGUACUCUGCCCGUAUCCAAGAACAAGAGGAGCACAUCGAAACCCUUUUGGUCAAAGUCAACAAUCUGGAAAAACAAAAGUCUAGGCUUCAAAGUGAAGUGGAAGUUUUGAUCAUCGAUUUAGAAAAGGCUAACAACACGGCCAGAGAUUUGCAAAAGCGUUGCGAACAUUUGGAGAAAAUCAACAUUGACUUGAAGAGCCGACUGGACGAGACCACACAGUUGUUCGAACAAGCACAGAGAGACUUGAGAAACAAGCAGAACGAAAUUCAACGAUUGACCCACGAAUUGGACAAGACCAGAGAACAAAAAGACCAACUCACGCGCGAAAACAAGAAACUGGCCGACGACUUGCACGACGCCAAGAACACCAUUUCCGAGUACAACAGACGGUUACACGAACUGGAAUUGGAACUCAGACGGUUGGAGAACGAGCGCGAUGAACUUAGCGCCGCAUACAAAGAAGCUGAAGCAGGAAGAAAAGCCGAGGAAGGAAGAGCUUUCCGUUUGUCGGCUGAACUUACACAAUUCAGACACGAGGCUGAAAAACGUCUGGCAGAAAAGGACGAAGAAAUCGAAUCAAUCCGCAAACAGACGAGCAUUGAAAUCGAACAGUUGAACGCCCGCGUCGUGGAGGCCGAGACCAAGCUGAAGACCGAAGUGACCAGAAUCAAGAAGAAGAUGCAAAUCCAGAUCACCGAAUUGGAAAUGUCUCUGGACGUGGCCAACAAGAACAACAUUGAGCUGCAAAAGACAAUCAAAAAGCAAUCGCUACAUUUGACGGAAUUGCAAGCUCAUUACGACGAAGGACAAAGACAGCUGGCCGUGACGUUGGAUCAGUUGGCCAUUGCUCAUCGCAAAUUGCAAUCCAUGACCGGCGAAUUGGAAGAACUCCGAGGCAACUACGACUCUGCGUUGCGCAACAAACGGGCCGUCGAACAAAUGUACGAAGAAUCGCAGAGCCGCGUCAACGAGCUGACCACCAUCAACGUGAACCUGUCGGCGUCCAGGGCAAAGAUUGAACAGGAAUUGCACCAAUUGGCCGGUGACUUCGAGGAAGCAUCCAAAGAACUGAGAAUAUCGGACGAACGCUACCAGCGCGUGCAAAUCGAGCUGAAACACACGGUGGAGGUGUUGCACGAAGAACAAGAGCGAGUGAUCAAGAUCGAGACGAUCAAGAAGUCACUGGAGAUCGAAGUCAAGAAUCUGUCGGUCCGCCUCGAAGAGGUCGAAGCCAACGCCAUUGUCGGUGGCAAACGCAUCAUCAGCAAACUGGAAGCCAGGAUCCGCGAUUUAGAAUUGGAAAUCGACGAGGAGAAACGUCGCCAUGCGGAAAGCGUGAAAAUCCUGCGCAAGAAGGAACGUUCGCUGAAGGAGAUUGUCAUCCAGAGCGAAGAAGAUCACAAGAACGUGCAAAUAUUGCAAGACCAUUUGGAAAAACUCAACCAGAAGGUGAACAUCUACAAGAGGCAACUACAAGAACAAGAAGGCAUGAGCACCCAGAGCGUGACACGGGUAAGGCGAUUCCAGAGGGAAUUGGAAGCGGCCGAAGACAGGGCUGACACUGCCGAAAGCAAUCUGUCGUUGAUCAGAGCCAAGCACAGGAGCUUCGUGACCACUACCUCUCAUCCGGGCUCUCAGGUGUACGUGGUCCAGGAGUCUAGAACUUCGACAUCAGAAAAUUAUUAAUAUUGAUCAUAUAUUAUUUAAUAACACACAAAACUUAUCUGUUUUUAUUAAUGUAAAAGUUUAUUUAUUUUUUUUUUUUUAAAUAAUAAUAAUUGACAGAAAUAGGCUACCUACAUCUUAUCUUAUUCCACCAGAAAAAAAAAUUAAAAGUUUAUAUAGCUUUCGCCGCUCUCGCAGAAAAAUAUUAUUAUAAAACGCGUUGGCACAUAUUAUUAUAAUAUUGUUGUUCGUUUAUAAUAAUAUGAUAUAUGUUCAUUUAUUUAAUAUAUAUAUGUAUUAACACCCAUCGCGGGGUAUUAAAUAAGUACACACAUAGCUGUAAACGCAGUAUACAUUUUUAAUUAAAAUAAUUAUAAAAUGUAAUCUUAGACGACUUAAGAAGAAACAAUGUUUUAAAGAAAAAAAAAAUAA